CAGGCGUUCCAGUCCGGGGGCGAAGAUAGACGCCUUACAGCUGACUUGCGGCCUGUGGCCUCCAGAAGUCCUUCCCACUCACCUGUGUUUCCCUCGCAGGUGGGGAGGAGGCUGCUCCUGAGCCUGAGAGGACGAACGAAUGGAGGAGGCUGAGCUCUUUCGUGCCCUCGAAAGGUCCAAUGGCAUAAAUGGCUCAGAAGGGGAGAACCAUCAUCCUGCCCCUGAAGAUGGAGAGAGAUGUCAAUAAGCAGCGGUUUUCCUCCCACCUGGAUGCUUUCCUGCUCUUUCUGAAAGUACAACUAAACACUAUUCUGAUGUAAAGAUGGAAGGUGACCAAGCAGCGCACAGCAUGAAAAUGGAGUCGGCCCACUUGUCUGAUGACCAACUAGUUUCAGUGCAUCAACAGAUGAUAGAAAGUCAGGCUUCAUAUCGAAACAAACUGCAGAAUUCACAGGAGGCACAACACAGGCAGGCAAUCCUUGUCCAAAAGCUCCAGGGAAAGGUGUUGCAGUAUCGAAAUUGGUGCAGAGACUUAGAACAGCGUCUAGAAGCAAGCAGGGCAUCUUACUCACUUCGGCAAGAUAACAAAAAGGACCAUAGUCUAGAAAAGGCACUGAUUCAGUUGGAAGAAGAGCAACAGAGAUGUCAAAACUUGGCUGGAGUGAACAUCUUGCUCCGGGAUCAUCUGGACAAGGCCAACGAAGUGAAUGGUGCCCUCAGAGAAGAUGUCAGCAAACUGACAGCUGACUGGACAAAGGCCAGGGAUGAGUUGGAGUACAAAGAGAGUGAAUGGCACAAAGAACGGAAGUUCUUUGAGAGCUAUAUGCGGGCCGAACACGAUCGUAUUAUUGGGAUAUGGCGUCAAGUGGUGACAUUACACCGUUAUUUUCUGGAAAUGAAGACAGCAACUGACAGGGAUCUGUCUGAACUAAAGGUAGAGCAAAUGAGACUUUCUGGCUCUAUACUCAUCAGUUGUUUCCAACUAAGUUCUGACACACGACUUUUGGAGAUGAGCAAUUUAGAAAGUUCUGUCCUGAAGGGUUCACUGCAACAGCAACAACAACAGCUUUAUUUGAAGCCUGAGAAGACAGAUAUGGAGAAAGAAAUAUACCAGCAAACACAAGCAAUCAUGAACUUACGUGUCAAGGGAGAUUUGGCAAGGGAAGAUCUCCAAAGCAGGGUGAUAGAGCUGACUGCUUUACUCGAACAAUCUCAAAAAGAGAAUGAAGAGAAGGAAAAGACGGUGAAGACGCUCAGAGACACAUUGGAGAAGAGUAAUCAUUUGGAGCUGGAAUAUGAACAAGAACAAUCACGGAGCAAGACUGUAAAUGAAGAGAUCCUUUCUCUUCGGCAUGUGAUAAAAGAAAUAACUGAAGCAGUCUUAAAUGGGAAUGAUGCUACUGUUGGAAAACCACAAGUGGAGCAGUCUGCUGAGCUUGGCCACUCCUUGCAGUUAGACCCUGGCGGCCUGGAUGGCACCCUCCUCCUCGUGCGCGAGGCGCUGAUGAAGAGAAGCAAUGAAGUACAGCAUCUGAGACAGCAGCUCUUAGCCAGUCAGAAUUCUAUCACUUCUCUGGAGAAGCAACAAGAGCAGCAGGAAGAGCACUCCCGCUUUCAAGGACAAAGACUUGAGCAGUUAGAAAAAGAGCGAGAGACAUUCACAAGCCAGAUUCAACAUCAGCAGUCAACAAUUGAAACCUACAGCAGGGACUAUGCUACCCUAGAAAAAUCCAGGACAGAACUGCAACAGCAUUUGGAAGUUUUGGAACAAGAGGUCUGGCAUUUACGUCAAAACAACACCGAACUGCAGCUUAAAGGAGACAUGGUGAAUGGGGAGAAAGAAGAACAGCAGCAGGAAUUGCAAAGGAUGAUGAGGGAAAGAGAGUACAUCCAGGAAGAUCGAAAUGCCCUUGAAGAAAGGCAUUCGUCAUUAAAAAAUGAGUUGAUAGCUUUGAGAGAAGCUCUGGAAAAGUCUCAUCUUGAUGGAGAACUGAUGAAGCAAGAAAAAUAUGAACUUGCAUCGGCACUGGAACAGACUGAGCAAUCCCUUGCACAGCUAACCAGUGCUCACAAUAAGCUGAAGGCGGAAACUGCUGAUCUUCAAGGUGCCACUGCAAAAAUGAGUGCCCUUAAUGAAGCUCUAGCUUUGGAUAAAGUGGGUUUGCAUCAAAUCAUCCUGAAGAUGGAACAAGAAAGUCAGAUGCUUUCGGACAAUGUAGACCGCCUGGAGAAAAUGAAGUCAUUGUCACAGAAGCAGCUCAAACAGGCUGAACAAACAAAUGAAGAAUUAUGCACAGAGAAGAUCCGACUGGAGAAAUUGCUACAAAAGGCAGAGGAGUUGCAAGAAGGCUUACAGGAUGAGUUAAAAAUGCUGAAAGAAGAACAAAAAGAGACUUAUGAGAAACUGAGCCAAGUUCAUCAUCAGCAUGAAAAGUCUAUUUCCAGUUUGGAACAAGCACAUCAGGAAUCAAAUCGUCUUGGGGAAAUGUAUGCAAAGGUGUCCAAAGAAAAGGAAAAACUAAUGUGUGAGAAAGCUACUUUAGAAGUACGGUUAGGUGCUGUUGAGAGGGAGAAGUCAGCCCUUACAGAGCAAGUUACAGAGCUCAGGUCAGUAAAAGAUCUUCUGGAAUCAAGCCUCUUUCAAGCUCAGCAGCAGGUGUCUCAGCUAGAAGUUGCCAAGGGCCAACUAGAAAUGAAAGUUCAUGCAAUCAGCCAGGCUAAAGAAGUGAUCCAAGGAGAGGUGAAAUGCCUUCGUAUUGAACUGGAAGCAGAGAAGUCAAGAAUUGAGCAAGAAAAUGAAGAAAGAGUUCAGCUGCUCUCACAGGCAGAGCAAAAACAUCAAGAAACCCUCAGCCAUCGCCAAAUUGUACAUAAGGAGGAAAUGAAUGCAGUCUUCCAAGAGUUGGAAGGUGAACGAGAACGCCACCGAGUAGAAUUAGAGGAGGCAUUGAAGCGCUCAGCCAAGGAGAAAGAAGAAUCUGAAAGCACCUGUGAACAGAAGCUCCUGGAGCUGCAGAAGAAUAUCACUGCUAUUCAGACACGAAUGGAAGACGAGCUCUUUAAGGCCCAAAAUGCUAAGCAAGAGUUGCUUUUUGAAAAGGAGAAUGAAAGAAAAUCCUUGCUAGAUGAGCUUCUUCAAACAAAGGAUAAACUCACUAGUACAUGUCAGCAGCUGGAAUACUUCCGCCAGGAAAUCAAGAAACACCAAGAAGAGGCACAGGUUACUGUACAGGGUCUGGAGGCUGAUCUGAAAGAUGCCCAGCACAGAAUGAAAACACUAGAAAAGAAACACAAGGAGGAAAUAAAAUCUCUAAAAGAGGAAAUCAACAUCCUUCUUCAACAACGAGAUGCUUUACGAAGUCAGGUACAAGAAUUAGAGUCCCAGCUACUGAUAGCAAAGGAUUCUUGCCAGUCAAUUAGCCAGGAGGCACAGCAUCAUUUGAGAGAGGGGCAAGAACUGUCCAAACAGAAGGAGCUUGAAAUUGCACACCUCCGGAAAAUGCUGGAAGCAGAGAGAAAACGGUGUGAGGAGAUUUCACAUCAGAGUAUUGAACUGCAAAGCCAGAAGGAAGAAAUGGAGCACAGGAACACAGAACUGCAAGCUAUGCUGCAGAAUCAAUGGGAGGCAGAAAAACACCUAAAUCGAGAGCUUCAAAGAAAGCAAGAAGAGGUGCAGCGCCAAUGUGCCACUCUUCAGGCCCUGGAAAGGGAGCAAAACCUGUGGGUAGAAGCAGACCGACAGAAUUCUGAGCAACACAAUGUUUUGCAGAGGCAGUUGGAAGAAGCCAAAUUUCAAAAUAAGCAGCUACAAACACAAAAAAGGGAAGCAGAUCUUCAGAAUGCAAAAUUGCUCCAUCAGAAAGAAGAACUGGAAUGUCAGAAUGCACAGCUGAAAGAUGCACUUCAGAGCCAGCGAGAAGAGGCUGAAUGUGAGAGCACAAUACUGCAGAGCCAUUGGGAGGAGGCACAACAGCGGUAUUCAGAGCUGCAGAACUGGAAGGAGAAAAUUGAAGAUGAGAAUGCAGAACUGCAGGCUCUGCUUUCUCACCAACGAGAGAAGAUGGAAAGUCAAAACAUGGAACUGCAAAGCAAGCAAAAAGAGAUAGAACAUCAGAACAUUGUUUUGCAGAAGAUGAAGGAAGAGAGGAGUCAUUGGGAGGAAGUGGAAGACCAGAAUUCAGAACUUAAGGCAGCAUUGCAGACUAUGGAGCAGAAAAGAGCCAGCCUGGCUCUAUCAUUGAAAGAAACAGAGGACAGGGCCAAGAAACUGCAAGAAAGUGAUGAUGCUCAUAAGGAUGAAAUUGCUAAACUGAGUACGGCCUUGCAACUAACAGAACAGCUGCUUGCUGAGUACAGAAAAGAGAUGCAGGAGCUCAACAAUGAGAUACAGUCACUCAAGCAGAAGACAGCAGAGAAGGAGGCUGCCUUGGUAGCUCAACAGGAGCAGCUUAUCCAAGAUGUGGAGGAAUCCCAUACUAGUGAGCAACGUCUGAAGGACUCUGUGCAAGUCCUGGAGGCUGAAGUGUCUACCUUGCGCCAAAGCCUACGUAGCACAGAAAGUAGGGCUGAGGCUCUGGCAUCUGAAUGCCAGCGCGCUUGCUCCGCCCGUUGGGAGGCACAGUCCCAGCUAAGCAAGCUACAUUCAGUUCUACAGUACAUGCUCUGUAAUGGCCUUGAAGUAAAGGUGGAACAUGGAGGGCAUGGAGACAACAACAUUUGGAACUCAUUGUCCCUUCGUACAGAACAGGAUAAACUCAUAAGACCAGCUUUGUCUCAGUCGAAGGAUUUUUCCACAGAGCUGACUGUGGAGAGAGUAACAGAAGCAAUUCAGAAACUGCGGAAAGAUCUGUGGCAAUCUCGCCUAGAACGGGAUGAGGUGAGAAAUAAUAUGGAGAAACUAAAGCAACAGCUCAUUGAAAAAGAAGGCGAAAGAGACCGCAUCAGUGCCAAAGCUCAAGAGCUUCAGAAAUGGUUUAACGAAAGCCAGGAAGAAAAAAAUAAAGCAGAAGGCAAGCGAGGCUCCUUAGAGUCUGCUUUGAAGACAGAAGUCAUUGCCUUCAAAGAAGAGAAUGUGACUUUGCGUGGGAGGCUGAUCACUUUGGAGAAAACCCUUGAGAGUACAGAGAAGCAAAGAAAGGAUAUGCUGGAUGAACGAGACUCCUUACAAAUGGCUAAGGAUAAGCUGUCAUGGGAGCUGGACCUUCUUCGUGAAUCUAUCAGAGCCUCUGAGAUUCAAACAAAUGCCAUGGAAAAGAUUAAUCAGUCUCUGGAGCAAGAGCUUCAGACAGCUCUCUCAGCACUGAAAACUAAAAACGAGGAAUUAGAAACUCAGCAGAAGAAACUUGCAACUUUGCACCAAGAAGCAGAAAUUGGAAAAACUUUGCAAGAAAAUGUAGAUCGUCUAACUGCUUCUCUAGAAAAGAAAGAAGAAGAAAUAAAAUUCCAGCUACAGCAGAUUAAGGAUCUGGAGAGGCACAGAGAAGUGCAAAAAACUACUAUGGAACAUCUGGCUGAAAGUCUAGAAAAGAGAACUCAAGAAACUGAAUGUCAAAAGAACCAGAUUGAAGAAGUCAAAAAGCAGGAAAAAAUGCAAAAGGCUGACCUAGAGAGACUAAAUCUAGAAUUAGAAAAAUCACUCCAAAUAAUGCAAUCUCAACAGGAAAAGAUCCAAAAGCUAGAGGAUCUGACACAAACUCAAAGCACUAUAUUGAAAAGUCUGACUCUUGAUCUAGAAGCAAAAGUAAAAGAAACUCAGAUCAAGGAAGAAAAAAUCCAAAUUUUGGAAAAGAAUGAAUCUUCUCAAAUUGGUAGUUUGCUGAAAGAACUUGGUGACUUGAAAAUGCAGUUGACUGAAAAAGACUGGGAACUCGCUUCUCAAAAGCAGCUCCUCCAAGAAUGUGAAGAACAGGGGAAGAAGCAGGAGAAGUGUCUUCACACACGUUUAGAGCACAUGAAAGCCAUUCUGAUGGACAAAGAAAGGGAGGUAGCAUCCCGGGAGGAACAGAUAGCAGGUUUCCAGCAACAUGAAGCUCAGAGGGACAGCCAUCUCUGUGAUCUUAAUGAGAAAGUAAAAGAGUUGGCAUUUACUGUGGCCCAGAGAGAUGAAGAACUUGAGUCACAAAGGCAACAAAUAAGAGAGAUGGAAGGAGAAAUGGAGACAGAGCUAAAGACUCUCCGUGAACUUACAGCAAAGACGCAGUUAUCCCUGAAGGAAAGAAAUAUAGAACUGGAGUUCCAAAGGAAACAUGCAGAAGAAGUGGAAAGGCAGAUAAAAAUUCUCCUUGGAGAUGUACAAAUCAGCACAGCAGUACUAAAUUUGGAAGACAAUAAUGCAGAGUUUCAGAAGGAUCAAAAGGAGCAGCUCAAGAAACAAACAGUGCUUAAUAUGCUGGAACAACUUAGAGUUUUGCUAAUAAGGAAAGAGAGAGAAAUAAAAUCCUUGAAAGAGCAGCAAGACGAACACAAGGAAGAAAAUGAGAAGACUGUUAGGGAAAUGCAGACAAAUCUUCAACAGGCUUUGGAAAAUAAAGAAGUACAGUUGCAGUGCUUAAAGGAGGAGAACCGCCAACUUCACCAACUAGAGGAAAAAGCAGCUGCACAAACAAAAUCUGUCAUGGAGAAUUUAGAGUUUACUAGAACUUCACUUCAUGACAGAGAAAAGGAGAUACAGUCAUUAAAAGGACAUAUCAGGGAAAUCUCAAGACAGAAAGAAGUAGAACAGAAUAAGGCUGUAAGCUUACUGAAUGAUCUGAACAAGAUUAAGCAAUCAAGAACAGAGAAAGAAAACGAGUUACUCAGACAGGCAGAGCACAUUAGGACAUACCAAGUUAAACUGGAAGCUACACAGGCAGAAUUGCAAGCAUGCCAGACUAGGGUAAAUGAACUGCAGUCAGUUAUUAAGCAAAAAGAAGAAGAGAAUGAGAGAGAUUUCAAAAGACUCCGACACAAACAUGAGCCAGUACAAGAGAAUGAUAAGCAUCCUGGGGAAAAUGAGGAAUACUUGGAGGAAAAGCAGAGAAAAAAGGGAGAAGAGAUGGACGCUCAAAAUAAACAAGAGAAAAUAAAGGAUGAAAUGAAGAUGCUUCAGGAGAACAUACAGCAACUUCAACAUCUGCUGAAGAAAAAAGAUGAUGAGGUUGAAUGGCAGAAAAGGAAAGUUGAGGAGCUGAAAGAGAGAGUCAAAAGUAAAGAGAAGGAAUUGCUAAUCUCUAGUGAGCAUCUUAAAGAAAUAGUUUCUUUUCUGAAUUUGCAAGACAAUGAAGAUGACAACUUACAGAGCCAUAUCCAGAAACUUCAUAUGUGGAAAGAGUUGGAGAUAGUCAGGAGCAAGGCUCUUCAAGAGAAAGACCAGUGGUUGACCCGGCAAAAGGAGAAAAUUCAACAAUUGGAAGACGAAAAAAAAGUAAAGAAACAGGAAUUAGACCAUGUGACAGCUAUCCUGAAAAAGACAGAGAGUGGAGAGAUAGAAUGGAGAGAGAAAGCCCAGAGACUGGAUCUGUCCCUUGCCCAAAGUGAAGAGGCCCUUAGAGCCCUGAGGGAGGAAAUGACUAUCAUGCAGAACAUGGUUUCAGAAAGGGACAGGGACAGGCACAAUCUACAGGAGCAAUUGGAUACAGCUUUCAGAACUCUGGAGGAAGAAAGAACUGCUACAAAGGCUCUAGUCAGAGAUGUGGAUCAGUUCAUCAGUGAAAAGCACUUGCCAGAAAUACUGGGUAAAGAAGGAGAAGAGGCUAUGAGAAAAGGGGGGAAAUUGUCAUGGGUGGAUGAAAGGAGGUUCUUGUGCAGGCGUCUACAACUACUGCAGCAAGCUGUUGCUCGACUGGAGAAUGAUUAUCGUGUUCUAGAGCAACACAAUACCCAGCUCAGAGAGGCACUAAAACAGGUAGAACAUGAACGGAGGAGAUUGAAAAGGAGCUGUGGAGAUUUGUCUCUGAGCUUUGGACUCUCCCAGAUUAAUGCUGGCCCAUUGAAGAUUCCGUCCAUUGAAAAGGAAGAAACUCAGGUCCUCCAUAAAGAACUGGAAAAAUUACAGAAACAAGUUUUUGUUCUACAAAAGCAGCUGUCCCUACAAAAGAAACAGAAGCAAGAUUAUAUUGAUUCUUGUGCCAGAACAAAUCAUGAACUUUCAGGUUUACAUCAAGAACUCUCAGAUUCAUUAGCUGCUGUGGCAAAGGAGCCUGAGGCUACUGUUCUUGCGCUGGAAACCCAGAAGCUUGAUGAAACUCUGAACUACAGUUUGUCACUGGCUUCAGGGAGCUGUAAUGGCUUCUUUGCUGGGAAACAUCUCAUAAGCUCUACACCUAAAAGACUGCAGCAGAAAGACUCAAAAUAACGGAACAAGUAGUAGCAAGCAUGAGCCAGACAUUCAACCAAAUCCCAUUAAAUCUCAAAAUCUUGAGAGCUUCUUCAUUUUGCAUAAAUUUUAACCCAGGUCUAAGAAUUUAACUGGAAGCUUCCCUUCACGUAGCCGCAUUUUGAAUUGUUGGACACUUUCCUGCCAUCUUUUUAUCCUUGAUGAUAUAAGUCCACAUUGUUUAGAGUGAGCAAUGAUCACGUGAAUACAGAUUAUGAAAGAACUGGUUGGAUGUUAAUAUGCAUAGUAAAUAUAUUGUUGCAGAAUACGGAAAACAGGACAGUUAGAGAGAGCUAUGUAUAACUACUGAAUGUCUGAUGGGAAAGUCCAAUUACAGACUAAAUGCUGAUAUUAGCUGAACUCAUUGGAAAUAUUUGAAAGCUGAUAUUACAAGACAGAAGAGGAAGGAGUCCAAACCAAAAAGUAUUACUUUCAGAUGAAUUAAUUUUGUAACAAAAUUUUAGUUUCAUAAUUAAUGCCUUAACCUGUUCUAAGCUUCACAGUAAUGUAAUGUCAAAAAGGUUAUGUUUUAUAAUAUUUUUGUACUACAGAUUUUCUUAAUAUUUAUAAUAAAUAUAUUCAUGUUAA